GGGAAGGUGGGGUGCAGAGGAAAUUCAGGCUGGUCAGUCUCCCGUGAAAUCUCACCGCCCUUGGACCUUCAUCUUCUCCUCUGUUAAUUUAGACCAAAUCCUCUCUCCUUAUUUAGAGGAGAUGCAAGAAUGAUAACUUGGACUAACAAUAAAUGUGCCAAAAAGAAACAAGGCACUAAAUCCAAUCACAGCCCUUCUUUUUCUCUCUCAUUUACCCUCCCGUAUGCACCCUUUUGCUAAAAUUAUAUUCUUUCCCCUCUGUUCCUGCCAUUUCUCUCACCAGUCGCCAGUCACCACUCUCCCUCCUCCUGUAAUGACGGAAAGACAGAGCUAAAAGAGAGAGAGAGAGAGAGAGAGAGAGAGGAGAAAAAAAGACAUCUUUUUAUGAGGCGAUGAUACCAUAAUAGUUCUUUAUUCUCAUAGCAAAGGAAGGCGCUUUCUCUUAAAUUUUUUCCUCCAUUGUUUUUCUUGCUUUCCCAACCUCUCCCAUGGUUCCUGGGUUCCGCUGAAAGACCCUUCCUUCGCCAUGAAGUAAACACGAGAAGGGUGGCCCCGAGCUCCGAAGCCUCCAAUGCCCGUUUCGAUUUGAAUAUUGAACGUCUCGGGAGUGUCCGUUGCUGAGAAUCUUUUCCAGAGAUCAUAAAGAACCAUACCAAUGGCCAAGGAAUACAGUGGAUCGCCAAAGCAUCAUCACAUCGAAUCUAAGAAGAAACGUCUCACCUAUGUAUUUUGCGUCAGCGGUCUAUGCGUGUUGUUCUACGUUUUGGGAGCAUGGCAGAGCACUCCUGUCCCAAACAAUCAGUCCGAAGCCUAUACCAGAAUUAAGUGUGAUGCCGUCAACCCUAAUGCAGGCGAUGGCCAGUCCACCAAACUCUCUUCGUCUUCAGAGUCAGUCUCGUUGGACUUCCAAAGCCACCAUCAGGUCGCCAUCAAUGACUCCGAUACUGUGGAGACGAUUCCUGCAUGUGAUAUGGCCCACAGUGAAUACACUCCUUGCCAAGAUCCACAGAGGGGGAGGAAGUUCGAUAGGAAUAUGCUGAAGUACCGAGAACGGCAUUGCCCCAAGAAAGACGAGUUACUAAAGUGUUUAAUUCCUGCUCCACCAAGGUAUAAGACCCCUUUCAAAUGGCCUCAGAGCCGAGACUAUGCGUGGUAUGACAAUAUACCUCACAGAGAGCUCAGCAUCGAGAAGGCUGUGCAGAAUUGGAUCCAAGUUGAGGGCGAUCGGUUCAGAUUUCCUGGAGGAGGAACCAUGUUUCCUCGAGGUGCUGAUGCGUAUAUAGAUGAUAUUAAUGAGCUGAUACCUCUUACGAGCGGAAAAAUUAGAACUGCAAUUGAUACGGGCUGCGGGGUUGCUAGUUGGGGUGCUUACCUGCUGAAGAGGGAUAUCGUAACAAUGUCUUUUGCCCCAAGGGAUACUCAUGAGGCGCAGGUCCAGUUUGCUCUGGAGCGAGGAGUGCCGGCCAUGAUUGGGAUCAUGGCUUCCCAAAGAAUUCCUUACCCAGCCAGAGCAUUCGACAUGGCGCAUUGCUCCCGCUGCUUGAUUCCUUGGAAUAAGUAUGAUGGACUCUAUCUAAUUGAAGUGGACAGGGUGCUGAGGCCCGGUGGUUAUUGGAUCCUUUCUGGCCCCCCAAUCCGCUGGAGAAAGUACUGGAGAGGUUGGGAAAGAACACAAGAAGACUUGAAGCAAGAGCAAGACUCAAUAGAGGAUGUCGCCAAGCGCCUAUGCUGGAAGAAGGUGGUUGAAAAGAAUGAUCUUGCGAUUUGGCAAAAGCCUAUCAACCACUUUGAGUGCAUCAAGAGCCGGAGCGUUUAUAAAACUCCUCACAUAUGCAAGGCGGACAACCCCGACACCGCUUGGAACAGAGAUAUGGAAACUUGCAUAACCCCAUUGCCAGAAGUCAGCAGCUCAGACGAAGUAGCUGGCGGCGCAGUGGAGACAUGGCCAGAACGCGCCUUCGCUGUCCCCCCCAGAGUAAGCAGCGGCUCAAUCCCAGGAAUCACUGCUCAGAAAUACAAGGAGGAUAAUGAAAUAUGGAAGGACCGGGUGUCACACUACAAGCGGAUAAUUAGUCCUCUAACGCAAGGACGAUACCGCAAUGUUAUGGACAUGAAUGCUAACCUCGGUGGAUUUGCAGCUGCACUAGUUAAAUAUCCUGUGUGGGUCAUGAAUGUGGUGCCCGUGAACACUAACCACGACACUCUUGGUGCGAUCUACGAGCGUGGUUUUAUUGGCACCUACCAGGACUGGUGCGAGUCGUUUUCAACAUACCCGAGAACAUAUGAUCUCAUCCAUGCGGGUGGUGUUUUCAGUAUCUAUCAGGACAGGUGCGACAUAACAUACAUCCUGCUGGAGAUGGACCGAAUCUUGAGGCCUGAAGGAACUGUUAUAUUCCGGGACACGGUUGAAGUCCUUGUAAAGAUCAAGAGUAUAACAGAUGGAAUGAGAUGGAAGAGCCAGAUCAUGGACCACGAAAGCGGACCCUUCAAUCCCGAGAAGAUCCUUGUUGCUGUGAAAACUUACUGGACCGGCAAACCCUCGCAGAAACAGCUCUAGCAGGCAUUAUUGUACUAUACAUGUGAUUAUUGGCUUGGAGUUCAUGGGGGCUCUUCUUUCCCUCUCUCUUCUAGAAUUCUUGUUGUGACAACUCUAGAUUUUGUUGGUAAAAACAGCCAAUGCCUUCUGAUGGCACAAAAUCAGAUAGUUUUGUAUGCUAUGGAGAAACUUGAAAUGAUAAGGUAUAUGUCGGUGCCUUUUCUUCGCUUCGUCA